AGCAUGCCCGGCUUUUAGCGCCAGCCCUCGAAGUCAGAUCGGACGUCGCUCCACUCCCAAAGCUGCACCCAUCGCAGCCACCGCCACGGCGUCUGGCGCGGAAUCAAGUCGAUUAGCGGAUUCGCAUGGGGGGUUAGGAGUAGAGCGCAUAAGUAUUCGCGUCCCACCUGGUCAACAGUUGGCAGCAGCGAGUUUGCUUGUCGCCCGUUAACUCACGCAUUGCUACCCGCCCUACAAGCAGCGUUGGCGGCUCCUCGCGUGGGCGCGCGCGCGAGUGGCGGCAUGGCGGACAGCAUUCUAUUCGAGGACAUCUUCACGCUCACGGACAUGGACAUCGGCGGGAAGAAGUUCGACAAAGUGUCGCGCAUCGAGGCGCGCAGCGAGCAGUUUGACAUGCAGCUGUCGCUGGACGUGAACACGGAGGUGUACCCCCUGGCCGCCGGGGACAAGCUCACCCUCGCGCUCUCGCCCACGCUCAGCCUCGAGGGCGUCACGGACGAAGGGGUGUACGACCAGUCGGGGCGGCGGUCGCUGAUGGACCGCUACGAGUACGUGAUGUACGGCAAGCUCUACAAGUACAGCGACGCCGGGGGCAGCUCCUCUGACGCUGAAAUCUAUGUUUCAUUCGGUGGUCUGCUCAUGCGCUUGGCUGGGGACAGCACAAACCUAAAAGACUUCCAUAUUGACCAACGCCUUUACAUUCUUAUUAGGAAGGUCUAACAUGAAGUACUCGUUUUGCUGAAUAGGAAGUGCCAAGUUUGGGUAUUCCAUGUCAGCUCAUAUGUAUUUGUUGUUAUAGGCUAGAUAGGUGCAUGCUCUUAGAGUGUACAACAUACAAGCAUAAUAACACCCUGUAUGUCUAGUUUCAAUGUGGAAUUCUGAGAUUGUAUUAC